AUGAUUGGAGCCAAUGGCCUCGUCGUCGAACUGGAUCCCGGAAAGUUGGUGCAACUCCAACGACAGGAUCCGGUGUUACAGAAAGUUGCAGCCGCCUUGUUGGAUGGAAGGAACACUGAGAACGGAGAAGGGGACAAGGAAUUAGAAGCGUUCCAGAGUCACUUUGAUCGGCCGAGGCUGAAUGAAGCUGGCGACUUGUUCUUCACCCUCGUUUUCGUACUACGGAUCAUCAAGGUUCUCGCCAGCAGCGAUUUGAACACCGGGGUCUUGGAGACCUUCCAGCGUUUGCCUCAUUAUUUCAUCGACAACGACUUUGACCAAGAACGGAGAGAGUGGACAUCCCUGUGGUACAUCACGUUUUGUAAAAGAGCUUUUGGAGAAACUAUCAUACACUUGCAUAGUCGGAGCCGUGUGAAUAAAGGGACCGGAUUAUGUUCACGAACAUUUGGGAUGCGUCCUGCUAAGCAAGUUGACGCCAGAGGUCCUGUUACAACGGAAGCCAAACUACCACCCAUGUGGUUGCUACAUUCAUUGGGAGUACCCUCUUUUAAAGAGAGAGCGGGUACUCCCCCCGAAUGUAGAGAUGGCUCAAGUGGUUGGAACCCGACCUCUGUCUCUCAACUUCCCCUGUCUAGGCUUGGGCAACCUGGCAUUAUUCCAGUCCUCGUGCUUCCUGCAUGGCAGCUAGACACCGGAAGGGUGUUACAGCUGAACGACCCUCUUUUAAAAUUACUGACUCAUCCGAGUUGUCUGGGUGGAACCCCUUCAGAGAGGCGCUAUCAGGUUAAACAGGAAUGGCCGAGGAAUUCGCCGCCAUCCUGUAACAGAGUUGCUGUGAUGGGGUUUGAUCCAGUCCAGUAUGAAUUGAAAACACUAUCUUUACACAACUACGAGUUCGAAAACCUAAAGUCAGGCCGCACGCAUUUUUCUCAUCUUCCCAUCCUCCGUGUGGAUCCACUUCAACGGUGUGCGGUCGUGCUAGUCUACGACCGUCACCUUGCUGUACUGCCUUUCAGACGUUCCGAGGCACUGGCAGCGGGCGACAAAUAUUUGGCCAAGCCCGUUACGAAUAACACAACACGCGGCGCUGGCAGUUUGUCCUGGGAGAGGCGUGCAACUGCCCCGCUUCUCGCCACAUUUACCACUUGUCUGAGUUCAUCCACAGGAGAAAAGAUAAACAAUGUGCUAGACAUGCAAUUUCUGAAUGGGUUUUAUGAACCCACUCUGUUGGUCUUGUACGAACCAAUUGGAACAUGGGCGGGCAGAGUUUCAGCUAGGCGGGACACAUGCUGUAUCGUUGCACUUUCGUUCAAUCUCCAAAAGCGGACGAAUCCGGUGAUUUGGUUCCAAGAAUCCUUGCCAUAUGACUGUACUUACGUUCACUCUGUCCCCGAACCCAUUGGUGGUGUACUUAUAUUGGCAACAAAUUCCAUCAUCUAUAUGAAACAAACCCUCCCAUCUUGUGGACUGCCGCUGAACUGCUAUGCCCAAGUGACGACGAACUUUCCAAUGCGUCAAGAUGUUCCUCAAUGCGGACCACUAACUCUUGAUGGCUGCCGGAUCGUCACAAUGACUGAUUCCCAAUUCCUCAUCGUCACUCGUACAGGCAAAAUGUGUUUGCUUUCCUUAUGGGUUGAACACACCACACAGACCGUCAGCAGUUUGUUGCUCCAUGAAAUCGGGUGUUCGGUUCCACCUUAUAGUGUUGCCCUGCUGGAUAAAGGAUACGUUUUUGUUGGUUCUCGGUUGUGCGAUUCCGUCCUUCUGCAUCUCACCGCGUCCACUAUGUUCGUGAAUACACUUGGGCGCAUUGUGGAUUUGGAUGAAACCACAACAGCGGACAACCGCACGACAGAUAUUCCCAUGAUUGAGCGAGAUACAGAGAGUAUACCUGUGGAUAAAAAUAAUCCAGCUGAGAAAGUAGCUGAAAACGCAUCCUCUGAAACGCCAACAAAACCCUCCGGAUCAAUCGUACAUGGACCUUACGUUUUUGAUGAGGUGGAUGUUGAACUGUACGGUGACACCAUCUUGAACCCGCCAUCAGAUGUUCGUGAGCUGAAUACCUAUAAGUUUGAGGUCGCUGAUCGCUUAGUUAACUUUGGUCCGAUGGGCCUGUUGACCUCAGGGGAGGUGCCUUGUCUGGCUCCAGGCAACACAGAUCCCACUGAUGAGGCCCUGAUUGCUGCCCAGGCAGAAAUGCAUCAUGUUGAGUUGCUUGCCUGUAUACCUCGUUCAUUUGAAGACGUCAAGGAUUUUACCAAGGAUUUGCGUGCCGGAGGUGUCAUGCUUUUACACACAAGCGUUAGACCUCGGGGCUUGACUGCAUUUGAGUUGCCAGAAUACAUGAGCCUCUGGUCACUCUAUGGUCCACCAAUUAUGUCUCCUGUCCCACAGAAACCAAUCAAAGUCGAAGAAGUCGCAGAGGACGAAAGACAUUCUAAGUCGGAUUCAGUUUUGGAAUCUACCGCGCAAACGACGGAGGAUCCCGUAGAAGAGAAUUCCUUAGCUUCUAACAACGAGGCCAUUUCAAACUCUCUCACUGUAACUCAAUCGGCUCCUGAAGAACCUUCAAUAACAACGGAGUUGACCAAAGAUGUUGCCACUUCAGAAGUUGCGGAUAUUUGCAACCAGGCAGUGAACGACUCUCAUGAACCAGUGAAAGUGGAGUUCGAGGGACCCAGUAGGUCAUCCAAAGGCACCAGUUCGACACCGUCAAUUAAAAGGUGUCAGGGUCAAACGCACAGCUACCUUUUACUGACCAGAGAGGAUUCGACAAUGAUCCUUGAAGUGAGCCACGAAAUAGUGGAGCUGGAAGUGAGUGGGUUCAACACAACUGAAAUGACAGUCACUGCGGUGAAUCUCGGAGGAGUGUACAUCGAGACCAUGCAGAAGGACUCGGUUGCGCAUUCCCCAUCUUUGGACCAGGGUGUAGAACGUAGCACGACUGAGACAAACAACCUGGAGCCAAUGGAGCUGGCAGAUAAAAGACUUCGUGUCGGUCAUGAUUAUCCUUAUAUUCUUCAGGUCUCUCCUACUUCUCUGCGCCUACUCGACGGCCCCCAACUAAUAGAAUACGUGCAAGUGACAUUGGAGUGGCGCAUUCAUCUCGCCAGUUCUGCUGAUCCCUAUGUUUUAUUGUGCACUGAAGAUGAUGAACUCGUGCUUAUACGACUUCGUCCUCCGGAUGCAGUAGACGCUGCUCUUCCAGCUUCUAGGAUGUCCUACAAGAAGCCGUCAUUUUUGGAUCUUCGGGCUGCAAUGGAGGAGUCCGAGGUCGAACACCAUGCAAAGAGAAAUCGUGAUCCCAGCGUCCCAUUCACAAGCACAACGCGUUUGGAAGUCUUUCGUCCCAAGGUUGGGCAGGUAUCAGCACCGCUAUGUUUCUGUCUGUAUCACGACCGCACCGGGCAUCUCUCCCGGUGGCUAUGGGCGAAACAUGCCAACCCUCCAGAAACCGGAAUUCGACCACCUGCGACCAAUUCUUCGGCCAAUUGCACUCCCGGUUUAAAUGGGACCAACUUCUUCCCAGACCCUGAUCCUUCACUAUUGGUCGAUUUCCGCUCUCGAACCGUGUUUACUCAGACACCACUUUCCUACCGUGUCCCUCAGGGAUGCCCACUAUCUCCAUUCAUUUUUAACUUUGUGAUCGAUGAAAUAAUGAGACGAACGCUGGAGGGUCUCCAAAACCCUGGUGUUCAAAUAGCCAGUGAAGAAAACCUUGUCGAUCUGGAAUAUGCAGACGACAUCGUUCUCAUGUUCGAAGAGGAGGAGAAGGCGCAAGUAUUCUUGGAUGAACUGACCAAAGUCAUCCCGUCCUUUGGUAUGCAUUUUGCACCCACAAAGUGUAAGGUCAUGCUUGUGGACGUGCAGUCACUGAACACGCCCCUUACAAUCCAGGGAGAGGUACUGGAAGUUGUGGAGCGUUUUACGUACCUUGGAAGUUGUAUUAGUUCUGAUUGCAGUGUGACAGAUGAGGUGAAUGCACGAAUCUGCAAGGCUCGGGCCGCGUUUGCUAACUUGAGACACCUAUGGCGUCAGAAUGGUUUAUCCCUGAAUCUGAAGGGACGUGUGUAUCAAGCUACAGUACGGGCUGUUUUGUUGUAUGGCUGUGAGACUUGGCCUAUUCGAGCAGCGGACCUGAGACGUCUUCAGGUGUUCGACAAUCGUUGUCUCAGAACCAUAGCUCGUGUGGGUUGGUGUCGUAAGCCACUACCACAAUUGACAACAUCUGACGAAGAAGACCUCAUUCUCUACGGACAGUUGAUCGAGUUGUGCAAACGUGAAAGGCCUGAAGUGUUUCCCACCGGAGAUGUACCACCAGCUCAAGCCAUGGAUACCGGUAUAGAUGUGGACGACUGGAUAACAGACACUGAAUUCUGCGCCGACAAAUCCCGGUACUUUGCGUUCAUAGUUUUCACAAACGGUGUUCUCGAGAUCUACAGUCUACCCGACUUCACUCUACUGUAUGAAGUACAUCGCUUUUCUGACCUUCCCGCUAUGCUGGUUGACUGUCGUGCUGGACAACCUUCGAGUCACAAUCCAGUAAUUCCCAACCCACCAGCAGAAGAGGAGAAUAUUCCGCCUACCGUGCUGGAAAUCACUGUUUUCCCGAUUGGUCGAAAUCGCGAUCGCCCGGUACUUUUGGUGCGCACCAGCCAAGAAAUAGCCUUCUUCGAGGCUCUCUGUCCAUCACACAACGAGGCUCAUCCAUUUGCUUCAGAAUCCUGGAGCCAAGAGGGACUACGCUGGCGUCGUUUGCCUAUCCCAUGUCCACUGGUUGCUCCGAGAAGGGUGCGCACAGAUCCUAAAAUUGCAGACGUACAGUCCACUAUGCUGACACGCAAGAAUCUUCUCCGUCCUUUCGAGGACAUUGAUGGCCAUUGUGGCGUAUUCGUUUGCGGUGCCACUCCGAUUUGGCUUUUUAGCAGCGAUACGGGCCAUAUUCGUGUGUUCAACCAUUCGAUUGACGGGAUAAUGGGCAGUUUCGCUCCACUGAAUACGGACAUUUGUCCCUCGGGUUUUGUCUACUUCACCUAUUCCAAUGAAAUGCGAUUGGCCACGUUACUGCCAGGCUACUCGUUCCAGCAACACUUGGGAAUGCGUUGGGUCCCGCUGGAACUCACUCCGUACUUUUUACAAUAUCAUAUUGAGAGUAAAACCUACGCUUUGGUGGGAACUCGAGUGAAACCGUGUUCUUCAGUCUAUCACUUAAAUGCAGAGGGUAACAAGGAAGAGGAAGUUCUUCUCCGGCCUCCCACAUGUGUUCUACCCUCUUUGGACUAUUACGUUCUCCAAAUGUAUGCCCCUUCCACCGGCUCAGCCGAAGCUACUCCCUGGCAAGCAAUCCCACAUGCAUGCAUUGAUUUUGAGCCUUGGGAGGUUGUCACCUGCAUGAUCACAGCUCAGCUCUCGUCAGAACAAACAUUCCAUGGUACCAAGGACUAUUUGGCUCUGGGAGCAAAUUUAUCAUAUGGCGAGGAAAUUCCAGUUCGUGGUCGCAUCAUAAUCCUCGACGUGAUUGACGUGGUACCUGAACCGGGUCAGCCGUUGACGCGCCACAAACUGAAGACCAUCUACGACGGAGAACAAAAAGGUCCGGUAACCGCGUUAAGCAGCUGUCAAGGUCAUCUGGUUAGCGCAAUCGGACAAAAGGUUUAUAUUUGGACUUUGAAGAACGCUGAUCUGGUGGGGGUGGCUUUUGUGGACUCGGAAUUGUACAUACAUAGUUUACUCUGCGUAAAAAACCUAAUUCUGGCGGCCGAUGUUCUCAAGUCCAUUCAGCUGCUCCGAUUCCAAUCAGAUCUCCGUGUUCUGUCUGUGGUUAGUCGUGACGCUAUCCCCAGAGAAGUUUACACUUCAAAUUUCUUCGUUGAUGGGCGUCGCUUGGGAUUUUUGGUUACUGAUGAACGGGGAAACGUGGUUAUCUACAGUUAUGAUCCACUGGAACCAAGCAGUCGCUCCGGCCGACGUUUGGUCCGACGUGCAGAUAUGUGUCUACCAACGCGAGCAAUAAGUUCAUUACGUGUGGCCAAUCGUCUGCGACACGCCCUUUUGUCCGUAAAGUCAGCCGGCACCGGGACACAAAACACGGUUCCGCCCGCUGCUGGUGUUGGUGGUAGUGAAGUCCCCGAACGAACCGGUAAGGCCGGGGUCUCUUCUUUCGUGGCACCUGGGCGGGUGAAUUCUGCGUCAGGUAUGACCUUAUCCACACCUUCAGCAACAAAUCUCGAUCCGGAGAAACUGAAGCAUUCAGUUUACCUCGGCACACAAACCGGGGCCGUAUUUCUGAUCGGCCCGUUACGAGACAAAAUGUAUAGCCGAUUACGAAUUACGGAGAAAAACCUCAUUCACCACUUUGGACCUACCUGUGGUUUGUUGCCCAAACUUUGCUGGAACUACCGCCCAUCCGCACCUGAACUGGUGAAUCCUAGUGGUCAAGUGGCCGAUGCCGAUCUUCUGUGGCGGUAUCUAACUCUUCCUCACAGUCAACGCUUGGAAAUUGCUAAGAAAUCUGGACAAAGCUUGGAGGGGAUCAUGGACGAUAUUGCCGAACUGAACGCGACCACUUUGCAUUUCUGACGUGCCGGAUGCAUUCUCUUGCCUUGGUUCAUUCCCAG